CAUCUUUCUUGUCUCUGUCAGACAUGAUAUCCCAUCACUGGACGUGGCGACGGUGUCAGUCGCUGAAAGAAGACAACGCGUUCUGAGUUGAUGGACAUCAUGAGAACUGUGCACUUGUUGUGGAAUUUGACCAGAGUUAUCUUCUCGGGCAGUGCCUUGUAACUUAGCUCUUUUGGCUCUUUACCUUCUACCUCCCAAUCUGGUACGCGUAGGCCUUAGUUGUCGGCUGUAUGGAAGGUCUGCAGGUCAUCUAGCGUUGCUUCGAAGAUUGGAAACGAGAACCUGCUUCGUUAAGUCCGUUGCCCACGAGCGGAACACGAGUCGGCUGAUUUAACUAUCACUACAACUAUCUUUGUUACGUCUUCGACAAACUAGCGAGGCCCUUUGACACUACUUGCAACUGUGGUUUUCAUUCAACAAUGUCUCGACCAGACAGCAGAAGCUCUAUCGACACCGUUGCCGCAGCGGAAGCACUUGACCUCUUCGACGAACAAGGACUAUCUUCGCCAAGUUCCAAGUCAUCAAAACUUUUCCUUGGGAGUUCUCCUCGUCAUCGCAGCUUGCGAAACAUCAAACAAAGUCUGUCUCGUAGAGAUUCACCUACUUUACCAUGGCGACGAGCCUCGACAGACUCGGUACAACAGCGUACUGUCACCCCCACUCGAUCUCGCACUGCGAGCGCAAGUCAAGUCAAAAGACCAGAUAGCCCCGACAUUGACACCAUUCUGAAGAAGACACCGCGGCCUCGUCGCAGUUCGUCUUCUGUAUUUCCCGCUGCAUCUUUAGCGACGAAGGGUCGAUCGCGAUCGCAGUCGACCUUAAGUCUACGCUCAGCGGCUAAGAAAGACAAACUACCCUUUGGUGAUACCGACUCCGUACUCGAUGAUUACAACACAUUAUUGGAGAAGUUGGAGAACGAUUCGGACUCUGACAAUGUGGAAGGAAGUGAGUCAGAUUCGAGCAUCGAUGUUCAUACACCUCUUCCUCAUCUCAUGUUUCGUGACGGAUUAUUGUCGCCUCGAUCGAAGCUAUUACCCCAAGACCUGCGCGAGACGAUAUCUUAUGUAGCUGGAACUACAAACGAUCGUUCUCAAAGUGUAUUGAGCGUUGUAUCUGCAGCAGGGUCUGUCAUGACGAAAUCGGGUCUGCAGAAGGAUCCUCGCGAUACAGAAAGACGCCGUGUCCGUCACCGUGAUGGACAACUCCUUCGAGCUGGGAUGGGUCUAACGACCGGCCUCGGUUGGAGUGAUAGCGAAGAUGAGGAUGCGCCUUCUGCCUUGACUCGCCGACUAAUCCACACAACUAUCGAGCGCAAAAGAUCUCAUUCAAACUCGGUUAUCCCAUCGUCUAGACCUACUUCAGAGUCCUUCUCGGACGUAACCUUCAGUAGAUUUGCUUCUCCUGUGUCCAUGACGAAACCGUCGCUCUCUCAUAAGGCACCACAAUCAGACUUGCGUAAUGCCGCUGCAUCACCAAGUUUGCGUUCUACAUCUGUGACGUUCCCAACUGCUGGGACUAAAUUUGCGAGGCCUAUGCAAUCACUAGACUCAUUGAUGUCAAGGGAUAGGGCAGAUUCACUCUCUUCGUAUAGUCAGGGAUCGUUCACAAGGAGCAGAGCAAGUUCAUUGGCAUCGGUUGCCACGCAAUCAAGUCACAUGAGGGAGAGAACAGACUCCUCUGCAUCGAUGAAGAAGGGAGACCCUGAUUCUUUGCGAAUCGCCACAAAGACACCUACGUCUGGCAUAACUUCAAGUCCUGUCGCUACCACCAAACCCUCGAUGAAUUCUUCUCCCACUAUACCUUCUAUCCAAACCCCUACGUCAACUACUCGAAGCCGAGCGAAUUCAAGUGCGAAAUCUUUGAACAAGCAAACUCGCACAAGAGCAGACUCCAACGCUGCGACCACUAUUUCACACCCGCAGGCCGAUCCGAGUUUGUUGAAGCUACGCACGAUCGUGAAAUCAGCUGUGGUGAUACCCCCAGGAGACAAGACCCCAAUUCCUGAUUCUCCUUCCACUCCCACAACACCUCUUCCUAGACCCAGGGCAGAGUCCUCGGCUUCAGUAACUUCAAGGAGCAGAUCUGGAUCCGCGAGCGCAAGCUCUGGCUUGUCAAAACCCAGAGUAGUAGCAAGCCCCGCAAGGCGUGUCGAAGUAGUAUCUCAGCAAACCAAAGUGGAAGCAUCAAGCAUCGACCACGUACUCAAUGCCAUAAAAGCAGGGCCUCUGUAUACUAGUCCUACUAUUUCGUCGAUGCCUCUGCACAGUAGGGCCGAGUCAUCUGCAUCGACUACCACAUCCUCUAGUUAUUCCACUGAUCCUCUCAAAUUCGGUGAGGGAGGGUCAUUCACAUCCGCCAGCUCCAGUUCUCUGGUUUCAACAGCGGAAUCAUCCUCUAAUUCUGGCUCCACGCUUUCAUCAUCAUCCGUGCCACGUCCAUUGCAGCUACCUCAAACUGCUGGAUUGACGUCAAUUUCACGCACGUUUUCCCAAGAUGCUUUCACAUCCUCCGUUUCUUCUUUGACUUCAUCGUCCACUUCCACAGGUGGAAGUGAGCGCUAUCAAAGAAAAAGGGCCUUAUCAGGCCCCAGACCACUGCGUCCGGCGCAGGCUCCACAAUCAUCAUCUUCCAUCGGUCCUCAGACUCAACGCACAUCUACCUACCCACCUAUCGGAGUUUCGCAAAAUUCGGGCGUUACUUAUGCAUCCCCUGCGCCGACGACAAGUCCAUUCCCUUCGGCACCUUCUGCUUCACCGACAGGUACAUCUCCGUCCAGUCCUGGUUCGCCUCGUCAAAGGCCUGCCCUCAUUGGUGCGCGUAUGCCUCGUCCUCGUACGGGUACAGGGAUGGCGUACCGGACGAGUUCGUUCGGGAAUCUGCAGGAUGCGGCAUCGAGGAUGAAAAGUAUCGCGUUGGUGUCGAAUUCGGUGGUGGAUAGAGCUACUGCUAGUACCUCUGGGACAGUGCAGCCUAUUCGCAUUUAGUUUGCAAAGUGGAGCAUUCUUUGAACACAUUCUUUGAUUUCAUUGGCGGAAAUAGCUGAGACAUUCGUGUUGAGUCACAUUCUACCUUGUCCACUCCUUUCGUCGCUGCCUUACACCACAGUCCUAUGCUUUGCUUCGGAUAUUAUUUGUACUCUUAUGAACAUAUCAUCUCGCACAGUGCUUGCUUUCAUAUUCUCCUUAUCUACAAUGUCAUCUACGUCCCAUCUGUUGUCUUAUUUUAUUCGCGUUGAUUGCGACGGAGUUCGACUCUCCCGUAGUGAUUGCAGACGUUGUUUAAAGGCUCAUAAAUAAUAGUGCAUCUGCCACCAUUGUCUUUUC